AUGGACGCCUUCCAAACCGGGACACAGCUUGGACUUGGCAGGCAAAAGAUGCCCGCCGUUCCACCUCGGAGGGGCGAACCUCCAAGGAAACGCGUCAAGCUCGACGCAGACUCGAGAGCGCCUCAUACUUUUGCCAACGUCGGGCAAAUCAGGGCGAGCUUACGCAGUCAACAUCAAGACGGUCUCACAGAAGCUUUGACCGCAUUGCGGAACCAAUUCACCGUCAAGACGAAUGAAGGAACGAUAUCGCCCCAGGAUGCGCGCGCAGUCUUGGCGAGAGAGUGGAUGGAAGCGGAUCCGAGUGCGCAAGAGCUGUUUGCGUUAUGGGAGGGGGCAAAUCAGCGUCAAUUUUCAUUUUUAGCUCUCGUUCUUUCCGUCAUAUCGUCCCUCUUGACCGUCCUCUCCUCUCACUACACUUAUCAUGCCUUUGGGUACCCCAUUCUCAAAGCCCUGCUCUCACCACAAUGGAUGCGUCACCUCAACUCGUACUUGAGCGGAUCGCAUAACGACCUUAUCAUGGCAGCCCUCAAGGUCCUCAACGCUAUGACUUCGUUCGCGAGUGGGAAAGAACGGAAAGCCUUGUUUGAAGCGUUUGCAUGGGAAACGAAGUCAUUGCCGCGACUUUUCUUCAUGAGGCGGAAGGGAAAAACUAGCCAGUCUGUCGAUGUAGUGUCGCGACCAGACAUCCGAACGCUCUACAUCAAUUUUAUCCUUUCCUUCGUGGAUACUACCGUCUCAAGCUCUGUCAAAACUCUUUUUCUUGAGCAGCGGCGUGAAGUCUUCUUGUCCAUGUUUAAAGGUCUUAUCCAAGAUCCGUACUUAGUCGUGCAAAAGGUGCUGGAAGUGUGUUGGGCUGGUAUCUGGUCAGACCACAAAAUCAAAAGGACGCUAAAAGUUAGUCUGUUCAACGAGGCGUGCCUCUCUCAGAUCAUCAAACUAUAUGACCGUUCCUUACCGGAAGGACCUGACGAUGACCAGGUACCUGCCGACCUUAUUCACCACUUUUUACUCGCUAUCUGCACUCGGCCUGGAAUUGGAGUCUGUUUCCGAGAUCGUGGUUGGUAUCCGCGAGAAACGGACGACGACGAACGAACCACAGAAACGGACGCUGGAGACGCGUAUCCGAGGAGCGGUCGAGUGUACAACAAGAUCCUCGGUAAUCUAUUGCGCACGCUUCGAGCAAACGACGAUGCUCGCCAACAGGAGCUCGCGCACAGGAUUUUAUCCGCCUGUCCUGAGCUUGUCGCUAGGUACUGGUCGGCGGCGGCGCUCACCCUUGAGCCGCGUCUGUCGUCGAAGUGGAUAGCAAAUAUCUCAUUUUUUGCCACAGUCUUGUCGCUUCCGGUCCCCGAAGCUUGUUUUCUGCUCCCAAACAGCUCAUUGUACCAGCCAACGCCACCACCGCUUUCAGUGGUAAUUGAAAAUGUGUUACCAUCAGUGAACACGAAGGCACAUUUUUCGCGCGGGCUGCAGUCAGCGUCGCCUCUUGUGCAGCACUAUACGGCACUUGCCAUUGCAAAGUGCUUGACGAAGUACAAAACCGUGUUGACAUUUUUCAGCAAGGUUCAAGCAGUGCUAGAGGAAGAUGAAGAUGUGGGUCAAUGGAGUAGACGACGCCAGGAGAUCGAGCGGGAGGUUCGCCGUCGGGUUCCUGACCUACAGGUCAUCGUUGCAUUCUCGCAGCAAAAGUCUGGCUAUAGCGCUGCCACGCAGAACGAUACCCAGGCGGCUUUGUUAGCGGAAAGUUCGACUAGGCUGCUUUGGCUGUAUCACCAAUGUCUCCCUUCUCUGGUCGCCGAGGCACGGUUCGACGUUGGAAAGUUACUGCUCUAUAUAUCUGACACUGUUCUCCCGGAGCGAGAUUCGCUAGACUCUAUUGCUGGUUUAUCGACAUUGCGGCAAUUGCAUGUUUUACGGCUGCUGCAGGAGAGCGAACAAUUUGCAUGGUCCGGCAAGACUGGCUCCCACACACACCUCUACGUCUUAUUAAACAAUUACACUGCAACAGAGUCUACGGCUAUCCGAGACGCCAUCGAGACGCUUGUAUCUCACGUUUUAUCUGAGAGCAUACUCUUCAAACACGAUCCAGAUGAAGUACACUUUUGGCUCGCUUCGUUGCCUUUCUUGAAACGCUCUCCCGGCGCCGAGGCUCCCGAUGGUGCCGCUCUUACCGACGAGAGGCAGACAGUGAUUGCUUUUCUGGAUGAGUGCGUGCAGCGCUGUAUGAAGACACCCUACCGAUAUCUCGAGGACCUAGAAGCUCUUGUACCACCUUCUGGCGCUGAACUAGGGCGGGACUCCCAAUCGCCAGACGCUCGACCAAGUCCGUUGAUCAUGACGGUGGUAGAACAAUUCGCUCGCAAAGUCACCGGUGGUCUUCUUGCCCCCUCGGACGUGUUGGCUGUCGUUACUUUCAUCCGAAAACUCGUGCUCAAGAUCUCAGGCAAGCAACAGGACAUUCGGGUUGUCAAUUCACUGGUCGAUAGAAUAACAUUCCUUCCAUUCGUCGAACAUUUGCCUGUAAAAUUCCCUGUCCUUAAGCAGGCGGUUCUCCGAGAGAUAUCUAUUUUACGGGUCUGUUUGCGCAGCAUCGCAGACUCGCCCGUCUCCGUUCAGAUGGAAGAAAAUGGAAAUCCUGCUGUAGAAGAGUUUCUGGAGCAAGUAGAGCAGUUGCCGAUCCCUGCUUCAAAGUCGUCGCGUCAAGUAUCUGCCUACGAGCUUGUUGAUUGGUUGCGCCUUGUCGAAUGCUCCUUGCAAACCAGCGAUGUCAGGCGCUUGCUAGUCGCCAUUGAACGCCUUUACAAGCCAGCCAUCGGAUCUUUCAUAACUCACCUUGAUCCUCGCCAGAAUUUGCUGUGGGACGUGUCACUUGCGGAGGUAGGAAAUUUUGAAUCUGUCUUGUCGUUUGAUUGGCUUUUCCUUCAAUGCGGACAAGAUCGACUUUCCGACGGGGCAUGUCGAGCUGCAUUAGUCGACACGAUCUUCUCGGGAAGUCAUGUCCUAUCACAAGCUAAGGUCGCUUUCAACCUCAUCGGCCACAGGAUGCUAGCUACGCAGACCUCGUAUUCAUUCCAGCGAGACAUCUUGCUCCUAGGCGCAGCCAUUAUGCGGCAAGCGAGGUCAAGGUUCUCUGAAGGCGAGAUGACGCGUCUGAAAGAGUAUGUGUUCGGUUUGGGUGCUGUAAAGGAGAUUUGCGUGUCUUUAACACUUGAUGAGGCCGUACAAGAAGGCUUGGACAAGUUUUUGAAAGACUCGGUCGAUUUUGCUAACCUUGAAGACCGACGGUUGAUUUCUGUAUUUGCUUCGCAAUGGGCUGAUAUCACAAAGGCACUUUUGGGAUCUGAUACACGCAGCCAGGCUGUUCAUGCCAUCCCUUGGAUUCAGUAUUUCGAUCAAGAGCAUCUAUUGACACUAUUUGACGAACUCAUCAAGGACACAGACAGCACUUUGGACAGUGUUUCAAUAAGCCUUCUGAACAUCGUUCUCGUUUCCUUCGAGCGGAGUUCGUUGGCAUCGUCCGACAUCAGUUUACAUCUUCAUUCCCGUUUGCCUCAACUACUGGGUCUGGACCGUUUCUUCCCUCAGUCGGUCGCGCUUCAUAAAGUCAUCCUCUUGGCGGUCAACACUGGUCUUCCGUUAGGGAUUGACGGCCUACCUCUGGAGUUUGGCUUCGCUGAAAUGCCAUCCUUGUCCGACGUUGUUCAACAGUCCAGAUCGCGCUGGUUCCGGCGAUCAGAGGCUCUAAUUGAGGAUAUUGAUGCGACAUCCUUGGUUUUCCACGACAAGUGGACAGACUACACAGUCCAAAUAAUAAUAGGACUUCUGUACACUAGUCCUGCUGUCCGAAAAGUUUGCGGUCGCCAUCUUUCCCAAGAAGCAUCAAUUCUUCGUCUCAAUGAACAUAUUGCGCCAGUCAUCUACGCAUUUCUGGAUUCAGCCAUACAAGCGCAGGAAACCUUUGUCGAACAAGGAGGGGAAAUAUGGGUUCAACACUUCACAAAUUUGACAAAAAGCGCUUUCGAUGUCGGGCAGUCUUCUCGCCAUCGUAACAUAAGCGCCGCUUGUGUUUCAAUCUUGGUUCACCGUUAUCCUGUGCAUCGUUCGGUUUUCCUAGGAAUCAUGCAGCAAGAGCUGCAAGCUUUACCGUUGGACACAAUAACGGCUGACGCUUUGAUUAUUGUGCGAAAACUGCUUCAUGCGAUACCCGAAGAUUUCCAAGAACAUGCGGCCUUGUUCGUUGAUCACGGCUUGAGCUGGGCUUCGCCGACCCUCGCAGCAGGGGUCUCAACUAUCAAAGCCCAUCUUGUGGAUCCUAUUGUGACCGCAGUGAUACAGGAUCACUUGUCAGAUCCGGUUGCCGUUAAAUUUGCUCUCGAUCUUGUGUCUAUUGCUAAGUUGAAGCCACUUCUUGUGAACCGACACCUGCAAGGCAUAACUCAGCACCCAAAUUUUUACAGACACACAGCCGCCAAUACACCUACGCGUGAUGUCAUAGUCCGCCUUCUCCAUGCACUAUUCAACCAGCACCCCACAAACACCUGCCAACCCAGCCAUAUCCAACCACUUGCGCAGAUCUAUGGAGGAACGUUAUCCCCUUCUGAUAGACAGAUUUUGUCCGUCUUGCGGUUGUUUGAGGAGACCCGAAAGACGUCUGUUGCGGCCUUGCUCAGCAAUUGGUCAGCUUCACCUGGAACAGUGUCUACAAACGCAUGCGAAGCACUAGAGAGUCUCGACUCGAACCAUGUGUUUCGAACUUGCAUGGCCUAUCCUUCGUGGAGACAUAUGAGGGAUAACCAGGACGGAACGGACUUCCAGGCAGUCGAUGCUCAACUUUAUGACCCUGUUUUCGUCAUUUUGCUGUGUGCCCAGAUGGUCGCAGACUGUCAGCCUUCGUCUGCACUUGGAUGGGUCCAGCUAUUCCGGACGAAUGCAAUCAGUCUUCUCAUCCGAUCAUUAUCUUCCAAGGAUGAACCGACUCGGGAUAUGUCUCUGUUGCAAGUUGCUUCGAUCGCGAAGUCAUUAGAGGUAGCAGAUAUGCAAGAAAAGCAACACGUAAAUUAUAUCUUGGGUCUUCUUAAAAAUACCGUUUAUGGUACAACUGACGAUCAAGCACCCCCCCGCCUCCCAUCGUACACUACCCUUUUCUUGGCCCACUCCCUCCGUGGCGUCUUCUAUCCUGCGAAUUUUAUCUACCCCUUGACAGCACACUUCCUCAUGCAGCGGCCCGGACUCGACGUCACCGAUGUGCCGAUGUUGUAUAACAUGCUCUACAGUAGCUCCGAUGAUUGGAAGAGGGAGCGAGGUUGGAUAUUGAAAUUCCUGUCAGAUGCCAUGUAUGGUGCAGGCGAUGCGGAAUGGAGAAUCUUUAGUCGCAGACAUACUUGGGACCUUCUGGCCAGCAUUUGGCAAAGCGGAAGGAAAGAUCGCGUUUUGAGGAAUGGCAUAUUGGAGGUUCUGAGCAAUCUGACCUGCAAAAGGCGCAUGACGACGUCUCUUAUUCUGAAAUCAUCCCUCUUAUCUUGGAUGGAGAUGACGUUAGAAUCUCUUCAAGGCGAUGAUGGCACACCUUGGAUGAAGAUUCUAGACAAUAUUCUCAAGGUCGUAGAUCCACAAAAAAUCGAGUCUUCAACCAACGGCCAGUGGCGAGCGGCCAUUGCCAGAUGCCUGGAGUUGUCAAUGGCCAAGCAUGAAACACCUUCUCCCUUCAUGCUCCGCCUAGCGACGCAAGUUAUCCUGCGACUUAGCAUGCUACCUGGUCCUUCCGUCCCCAACCUUCCUAGACUGCUAUCGAAGUCCUUGGUUUGGUUAGACCGACUUGAGCACGAUAUCGCUUUUUCAACCCUUACUCCGUCGUCUGCCAACAACUCGUCGACGCUAGCGCCCUUCUCCUCUUACGCAUUACAUGAACAGUCCACCUUAGAAUCUUCAGAAGCUUGGGGGUCGGCAGUGGAGGCUUUGUGGCGCAUUUCGAUGACGCUCUCUGAAAAUGGGCUUUCAAGUUGGGAUGAGCUCACAAGCCGAUCGCUCAUUUGGCGGUCCAUGGCAAGACAGGAAGACUGCAAAGUCGGGGAGUGGAUCAGGGGCCAAGUUAUUCAGAAUAUGUUUAAGCAGAGGUAGCAAUCUCGCUCAAUAGCAGUUCAUACUGUAGUCACUAUUCCUGCCUUUAUGAUUUAUCUAAUGUAUUGGGCAGCCUGGAGUGCGCUAUAGCUACAGGAAUUCGGCGUGAACUACGGCUUGGUAAUUCUACAAAAUGACACCAGCAACAGUCGACUAGCUUCUCCUGACCUCAUAUCUUUCCCAACCCACGGUUUCCAGGGUGUCCACCUUUCCUAAUACCUCCUUCUCCAACGACAAUAGAUAUUUCUCCAUGUCAUUCACGAGGUGUGGGAUUCCCGCGGACAAGAUGCGAACGGCAAGCAAACCAGCAUUUGUGCCAUUAUUGAUGGCUACGGUUGCAACAGGUAUACCUCUAGGCAUCUGCACUAUGCUAUGCAGCGAAUCCACGCCGUCCAGUGAGCUGCCCUUGACAGGAACUCCGAUCACAGGGAGUGCCGUCAUUGCUGCUACCAUCCCAGGUAGAUGCGCCGCUCCACCCGCGCCGGUUACGAUAGUCCGCAGCCCCCGCGCCGCCGCAGAGCGUGAGUAUUCCACCAGUCGGUCUGGAGUCCGGUGUGCGGAAACGAUCGUCAACUCGUACGGCACACCGAAUUUGUCGAGAAUGCGCGCGGCGGGAAGCAUCACAGGGAGGUCCGAGUCAGAGCCCAUGAUGAUCCCGACAAGCGGGUGCUUGUGCGCGAAGCCCGAUCCUGGCUCGGGCACGACGGGCGCAUAGCGCUCGAGUUCAGCGGCAGAGCUCCCGCCUGGAAGCUGUUCGAGAAGUGGGCGCAGGCGUUCACGCAAUUGCGCAUCCGAAUUUGCGACGAUGGUGAUGUGGCCCAUCUUCCGCCCUUUUCGGCAUUCGGAUUUGCCGUAUAGAUGGACACUCGCACCCGGGAUAGUGAGGGCUUGGGCAGCGAAGGAGGUGAGUUCUGACAUCGAUGAGGACGCGCCCAGAAGAUUGAGCAUAGCUGCCGAAG